UAACUGGAGAGGAGAGGGUGUUUUUCAAAGCCCUUUUUCCCAUCUCCUCCUCCUCCUCCGAGCACUCAGCCAAGGUGGGAAGGAGAGACUAUCUGUGAUGUGAACUGUGUUCUUUACCAGCCCUCGGGGAGGAGUAGGGCAUAAACAACCUAGCAGCAGCAGCAGUAACCACACAGGGAACAGGAGAGUCUCCACAAUGAACAGCAUAAGGACUCCUCAGCAGCCCUGUGAGGAGGAUCCAAGAGAGGCUGCAAAGAAAGGAAGAUGUCUCCGGGGGAAGAGCCUGCUCCUGUGUGCUCUCACGCUCAGUACUGUCCUUGGGUUUGCAUUGCUUCUUGCCUACACCAUCCUACACCAGGGCCUGGGUACAAGACAUGACAGUCUUUCUCCCUUCCCUCGCACCCGACCCACCAAACCUUGUGACACCGAGGAGUGUCUCACGCUCCUGGCCAGACUCCUGGAGGUGAGAAAUGCCACCAUAGACCCCUGUGAGGAUUUUUAUGGCUACGCCUGUGGCAACUGGGAAGCCAACCACUUGCGCACGGGGACUAUGGAGUCAUCAAAUGUGUUUGAUGUCCUGCUGGAAGAAAACCAGCUGAUCCUGAAGAGGCUCUUAGAGGUUCCACAGCUCAGGGUUGGAAGUUCAGCCAAGGAAAAAGCCAUCCAGUUCUACCACUCCUGCAUGGAUACCCAACAGAUAGAAGCAGAAGGGGCUCAGCCCUUGAAGGAGCUUAUAAAUCAGGUUGGUGGCUGGAACGUCACAGGCCCCGAGAAACAGACCGAUUUUAACCAGACCCUGCAAACACUCAUGGGCAAAUACAACACUUUCCCCUUCUUCAGAGCAUAUGUGGGACCCAACUCUUCUGACCCCAGCACCAAUAUCAUCCAGAUUGACCAUCCUGAGUUUGAGAUGCCACCAGAGAGUGACUACAAUGAAAAAGCAAAUUAUCCCGAGGUUGUCCGUGUGUAUUUCUCAUACCUGAUGAAGCUGGGGACACUGUUGGGAGGGCCACAGAAUGUUACCUCCACCUUCAUUUCCUUCGCCUUGUCCUUCAUCUCCAACCUCCAGAAGGAGGUCACCCCACUGCAGAAACGGCGGGAGAGAGGGAUGCUGUUCUAUCACACCACUAUCAGGGAGCUGCAGGAAAAGGCACCCGCGAUUGAUUGGCUGUCAUGCCUCCAGGCAGCCUUCCAUCCUGUGCAGCUGAACAUCUCCCAGCCAAUCGUAGUGCAUGACAUGGAUUAUUUGAAAGGCAUGUCGCGGAUUAUUGGAAAAUGGCAGAAGGGGAGUGUCCUACAGAUCUAUAUGAUCCUCUGCUUGGUUGGAAACCUCUCCCCAGCCCUCGACAGCCGGUUCCAAGAUGCACGCAGGGAGCUGUUUGAAAAGCUGCAUGGAAAGACAGGAGAAUCUGGGAUGGUACUGGCCCAUCGCUGGAGGAAAUGCCUGAGUGACACCAGCACCUUCUUUGAACCUGUGCUUGGGGAGAUGAUUGUGCAAGAGAUUUUCCCUCAAGAGACAAAGGAACUCGCUGAGAAGAUGUUCUCUGUGGUCCGAGAUGCCCUCAACAGUCGGCUGGAUCAGGUGGAGUGGAUGGAUGAGCAGACCCGACAAGAGGCCAAGGACAAGGUUUCUAAGCUUCAGGUGGAAAUUGGCUAUCCAGACAGCAUCCUCCAAACUGCUGAAAUGGACCGGGAAUUCCAGGAUCUGGAGAUACAUGACAAUACCUUUUUGCUCAAUGUGGUGGCCUGCCUGAAGGCUGUGAGGGAAAAUUUCUCCCUGAGGCUCCUUCAUCCCCACCUGCAGGAUAAUUGGGAGGUCUUCCCUUGGUCUGUCCAUUCCUACUACUCAUUGAGGCGCCACGCCGUGGUCUUCCCCGCGGGAAUGUUCCGCAGCCCCUUCUUCCACGCUGAGUUCCCCAGCGCUGUGAACUUUGGAGCCAUGGGAGUCAUCAUGGCACACGAGCUGCUUCACGCAUUCUAUGAUUACAUGGUGCCUGAGAGCUGUCCUAGAUGCAACAAGGAUGCUUUAGUGCGGGGUACAGACUGCCUGGUGGAACAGUAUGAACGCUACUCUCUGCAGGGCCUGAGAAUCAAUGGCACUUUCACCCUGCUGGAGAAUGCAGCUGACACAGGAGGACUCGCCAUCGCUUACCAAGCCUAUAAGAACUGGCUGAAAAAGCACAAACAGGAGAGGAAUUUACCCGGGAGUGGACUCUCACACCAUCAGCUCUUCUACAUCAGCUUUGCCAAUGGGAUGUGUGGGCACCAGAGCCCCGAGAGACUGCGAGCCUUCCUGCACAGGGACCCACACAGCCCACCACCACUCCGCGUCCGCGGGCCCCUCAGCAACAGCCAGAACUUUGCCAGGCAUUUCCACUGCUCCAGCACAGCACCAAUGAAUCCAGCCUUCAAGUGCCACAUCUGGUAAUCCACAUGGAGAAGGAGGGGGAGAGAGAGAGAAAGCUGGAGACUGGAGCUGUAGAAUUCAUCCCUGCUGAAGAAUGGCCUGCCCCCACACAAAGACAUUCUGGAGCCUAACCCAUUCCUCCCCAUCCCUUCUUCUCAUCCUUUUCCCCUGCCAACAGGUCAUGGUGGCAGAAGGUUCCAGUCCGGGUAGCAGGAGGGAAGAGAGGCUAAACAUAGCAGCCAGUACAGUGUGUGCUACUCCUCAAAUGCUCCCCAUGCUCUGCCCCAAUUAGGCAAAACUUGCCCUUCAGAGUGUGGGGGCACAGGCUUGCAAGGUAAAUAGACAAGCUACAAUCAUUUACAACUCUGGGGGAAACCUCACAAGUCUCCAUGCACACCUCCCACCCUGGACCACCAGGGAUAGAAGAACCCGGAUCUCUCACUCUGAAAUCACAUGGGGGGAGAGACUCACUGGUUACCGCUUCCAGAUGGGAAGAUGAGACAUUUAAUUAAUGUACAUUGCUAAAACCCCCACCUAGAUAUGUCAUGGCACACCUGUCUUAGUGCCCCCAAUAUGAGUGGGAUGGUCCUGGGAUUUUAUCUUAUUUUCUGCUACUUAGCCUAGUGUCCUGGAUCUGACCUGUCUAGCUCUUUGAGAUUGUUCCCCCCCCCCUCCCCCCGGUUAUUCUUACCUCUGACCACUAGGGGCCUGGCCAGCAUGAAUGGAAAGCUCAGUCCCAUUAACUUCACUGGACUUUGGAUCAAACCCUAGAUACCACUCCUCCAAUGCAGCAGUUGCCUCUCUUUUCUAAUUGCUCCCCCUGCUGAUUUCUGCUGAGAAGGAAGUAGCAGCAGCAGCUAUUCUCAAGCUUUUUCGCACUCAGAAGAAGGGGAAGAGCAUGCUCUGGCUGAAGGAGAAGAAAGGCUGAAACGGUGGAACCCCUUCUGUGGAGAAGAGGAAGGGGGGAAGCAAUGCAUGGACAGGACAGGGAGUGGAAUCUCAGGAGUCAGUGACGUAUAGUCAGUGACGUAGCUAUAAUGUUGCAAGUAAUGAAGUUCCACCAGAACCAUUGAGUUAUGAGGUUCUGAGGGACUUCCAGAUGGCAUGGCACUCCGGCACAUCACUUGGCCCAUAGGGUGGCAAUGCCGCUCACACAAAUUUGGCUCUCACCCUCUUUGGUGGCACUUCGGCAGCAGCUCAAAGAAGAAGAGAGGGACUGAGGGACUCGCCGCCAAAUUCCCUCCGAAGAUCCUGCCUAGAGCCAGCCCCGGUCAGGAGGCAAUGGGGUGUGGGAGGGUGUUAUGCCCCCGCCCCAAGAUGUUAGAGAUUCCUACUAGUUGCCCCCAGUCACUCCAUAUGGAGAUAACAGAUAAGUCUUGUUCCCUCUCACAAAAAGGCAUCAGGUUAGGGUGACCAUAUGUCUCAUUUUGGCUGGGCCAGUCUCUUUUGGCCACAGGUGGGUGGCAGAGGGGUCUUGGGCUGGCCCCACACAUGUGGGAGAAAGGGAGGCCUCGGGUUGGCCCCACAUGGGAAGGGAGGAGGGGGUGCCUUGGGUUAGCCCCGAAUGGUGUCCCUUUUCCCUUUGGGAAAAUAUGGUCACCCUACAUCAAGUUAGCUAUGGCUGGGGCCUGUUUAAUGAAAGGUUGGGAUGGUAGGGGAUGGUUUCCAGGGUUUAUGGGAACCUCCAGAGGUCAGCCUCCAGAUUUUAGAAUGUUUCUCCAAAUACCAAACUGCUUUUCAGGAAUUUUUGCUAACCCGAUGGGGUAGUUUUGCUGCUGUUAUGUUUUUGUGACAUAGUAUUAUUGUAACCAAAUGUCAUGUAGUAAUGCAGUGUAGGGGGGAAAAAGAGUAAAAGAUGUAGUGGAUUUCAGGAGCAGCAAGAAAACUGGCAUAUAAGAACAUUUCUAUGUUACUAAGAACAGCCUGAAAACUAUCAUUUUGGAGGCCCUGAUAAUUAGACCUAUAUUUAAAAAAAACAAAAAACCUAAAAUUCACUAGAAUUGGCAAGACAACCCUCCUGCAGCUCACAGGCACCUGUUUCUUUGUAAAGCUGUCCCUGGGAAAUUUUUUAAAUGGUGGGAGCUAUUUUAUUCUGACCAUUAUAUUACCGGUGUGGUGAUUCUUUGGGAGUAGAUACUGGUAUUGGGAAUGAGCAUCAAAAUUAAAGCUGGAAAAGACCUA